AUGAACGCCCUGGUUGAGUUCUACAAGGAGAACGCCACAAUCCUCAAGAACACCUUCCAGGAGAUGGGCUUCCAGGUUUUCGGCGGCGAGGAUGCGCCCUACGUCUGGGUUGGCUUCCCGGGCAAGCCCAGCUGGGACGUGUUUGCCGAGAUCCUCGAGAAGUGUAACAUCGUCACCACCCCCGGCAGCGGCUUUGGCCCCGCCGGCGAGGGCUUUGUGCGCGCCAGCGCGUUCGGCAGCAGGGAGAACAUCCUGGAGGCUGUGCGGCGGUUUAAGAGCGUCUACGGCAACAAGAACUGA